CAAACAUGCACCAUGUCCUCCUCACUGCUUUGUUCAGUUUCUCCUGUUUGCAGUAUCAGUGAACUGCUCUGACGUUCAGCAGGAAUCAUGAUAACGCGAGGUUUGUUCCUGACUUGUGGCCUGGUUUAUACUACACUCCUCUGAACUGUCUCUGGGAUUGCACUUGGAAAGAACCGUAAACUCCUGUGAGGAAAUAAACAGCUGGACUCCAACAUCCACAAAGCAGAUCGCGUGAAAAGCAUUUGUUGUGGCCUCUCGUGCUGUUCGCGAGCGUCCAACUGAAGGUUGGCCCACAGCGCUGAUCUAAUAGGCGCGUGGACACAGCAUCACAUAGCCUGCAUAUGUUUAUAGAUCUAUGCUUUUUAUUUCAGGUCAUCCUCCAGCAGCGCGCUCACACUCACCAACGCACCCUGCUCCCAAUGUUUACUUCUCCGGCGUGUCUUCUCCAGCCAGGGAAAAGUAAUGCUGUGCUUUAUUCUACAUCAUUUUAUAACAAGCUGCUCGAACACAUAUGACGUUUUGGAACACGUAUUGAAAUGUCUUCAGGGAUGAUGCAGUAGCUGGCAGCAGUGUGAACAGUUAGACUGCUUCCUCUCUCGGGCAGCGAGCUGUCGUCGACAGUUGCAGAUCCUCUCCGGCUCCAUGAUGGCGAUGUUUCGGAGCUUUGUCUCGGCGAGCACACAGCUCAGACAGCAGCAGCAGCAGCCUAACAGCGGCUCAGGUUCACUGGCAGCCCCGGCGGAGAGUGUCGAGAGCCAAUUCUCCUGUCCCAUCUGCCUGGAGGUCUACCAUAAACCCGUCAGCAUCGCCAGCUGUGCUCACACGUUCUGUGGGGAGUGUCUGCAGCCAUGUCUACAGGUGGCCUCCCCACUUUGCCCUCUCUGUCGGGUCCCCUUUGACCCCAAGAAAGUGGAGCGCUCCAGCAGCGUGGAGAAGCAGCUGGCCUCAUACAAAGCUCCCUGCAGGGGCUGUAGCAAGAAGGUGUCUCUGGUAAAGAUGAGGUCCCACAUUUCUUCGUGUUCUAAAGUCCAGGAGCAGAUAGCCAACUGUCCCAAGUUUGUCCCUGUGGUACCCACCUCCCAACCUAUACCAAGCAAUAUUCCAAACCGGUCAACAUUUGUGUGUCCAUUCUGUGGGGCCAGAAACCUGGACCAGCAGGAACUGGUGAAGCACUGUAUGGACAACCACCAUAAUGACCCUAAUAAAGUGGUGUGUCCUGUGUGUUCAGCUAUGCCAUGGGGAGAUCCCAGCUAUAAGAGCUCAAACUUCCUCCAGCAUCUCCUCCACAGACACAAGUUCUCUUAUGACACCUUUGUUGACUACAGUAUUGAUGAAGAGGCAGCACUGCAGGCAGCUCUGGCACUGUCACUGGCUGAAAACUGACACAUCAACACCACCCUGUCUACAUUAGCAUCUGCUCCACCUCAUCCCUCUGCACUGCUGCUGU